AUGUCGACUCCACCCACAUAUCCCAGUGAGGAUAAGAAGGGCCCCUUAUUUGCGGAUGGAGGUGUUCUCGAAUCAGGGAAUGAGUCUGAUUCAAUUGACACCAUCAAGGCUUUGGUUAUCGAAGAUCAUCAACAUGAAAUCAAGCUUAGAACCAUGUCUUGGCAGCGGGCUGCCUGGCUCCUCGCUGGAGACCAGGUAUGUUUGGCUAUCAUGGCCCAAACAUGGUCACUGUCUGUUCUUGGCUGGGUCCCUGGAUUGAUCACCAUGGUUGUUGCCGGUAUCCUUUUCUGGAUCACUUCCAUAACCAUGCACAAAUUCAUCAUGAAGCACCCCCAAAUCAAAGAUAUCUGCGAUUUCGGCUACUAUGCAUUCGGCAAGUCACGCGUCGCCUACGAAUUCACAGCUUUCAUGCUCCUCGCCAACAAUAUCAUUCUCAUUGGAUUCCAUGUUCUCACUGGCGCAAAAGUCCUCAACACCCUCUCCGAUCACUCUCUCUGCACCGUCAUCUUCUCGGUCAUAACCACCAUCAUCGGCGUCGUGAUGUCUCUCCCUCGUACCCUUAACCACGUCUCUUUCAUGUCGAUGUUCUCCGCUUUCUGCAUGGGCAUCGCCAUCCUUCUCUUCCUCAUUUUUGCCGGCAUUGAAGACGCCCCUCUCUACGGCUACGGCGGCAACUAUCCUACCCUCGGCGAAGUGAAAACCUAUGCAUUCCCGCAGAAAGGCACGGAUUGGGUGGCGUGUAUGAAUGCUGUACUGAAUAUAACCUUCCUAUGGGUGCCGCAGAUCCUCUUCCCAACGUUCAUCUCCGAGAUGGAGAAGCCUCAGGAUUUCCCCAAGGCGCUUGCUGUUCUGGCUGCGAUCAGUACAUUCCUGUUCAUCGUGCCGCCGUCCAUCGGGUUCAGAUAUCUAGGCCAGUAUUCUACAGCUCCUGCGUUUGGAAGUCUUGGCGUCACGGCGUAUAAGAAAGGAUCUUUCGCGUUUGUUAUUGUGCCCACGUUGGUUAUCGGCGUUAUAUACGCCAACGUCACGGCCAAGUUCAUCUACUUCCGUGUCCUCGGCAACUCGCACCACGCUCACAGCAACACGGUUAUCGGCUGGGGACUCUGGGGUGCAGUCAUGGUUGGUAUCUGGGCCAUUGCGUUUAUUUUCGCUGAAGUGGUCCCCUCUAUGGGAGACUUCCUGUCUCUGCUCGGUGCAGCAUUUGACUCUUUUUUUGGAUUCAUAUUCUUCGCUGUGGCGUAUUGGCAACUAUUCAAAGGGCGGCUGUGGAAUGGUGUGGGGAGAAGUGUCAUGACUGUUAUUCAUAUCUUUGUUAUGCUGUGUGGACUCUUUUUGUUGGGCCCAGGUCUUUACGCAGCUGUGAAGGCUAUUAUCGCUGAUUACUCUGGUGGAACUAAGCCUGCUUUCAGCUGUGCGAAUGUGGCGAUCUAA